AUGUUUCCCAUCUAUCCCGAGCCCCACGCGAAGCAACUUUUAUCGAGCCUAAGAGAUGACCCAAACAUCACUCUGUUCCAGGGGGAAUCCAAGAAUUUUGAAGACAUCCUCAAAGCAGCACAAGGAUGCAAGGGAGUCUUCCUCAACACAUUUCCCUACCCAGGACUAGAGGCCCUGCAGGCCAAGACUGUUGUCGACGCCAGCCAGAAGGCAGGCGUUGAAACCAUUGUUGUAGCCACGACCCAUGGCACAGCCAACAAGGGAAUGUGGGAUGACGACGCGACCAAGGAAAUCAACCUCCACCAGUAUUUCUCCUCCAAGGCAACAGUCGAAGAGAUCGUUCGAGCGAGCGGAUUCCAAGCUUACACCAUCCUCCGGCCGGCAGUCAUCCACACCGACUUCUUCGUGCCAGGCUGCUAUGGGAACUUCCCUCGGCUUCCGACCCACGGGGAGCUGGACCACCUCCUCGAGGACGGUGCAAAGGUCCCUUGGACCGAUGCAAACGACGUCGGCAAGUACGCGGCAGCAGCUCUACUGGACCCGGCCAAUUUCGCCGGCCAGGAGAUCGACCUCGGCAACGAGCUCCUCACUAUCGAACAAGUGCGCGACAUCCUCACCCAAGCCAGCGGCAGACAAGUUAAGGCGACGAAGCACACUCAGAAAGAGGUGGAGGAGAUGGGAAUCAGUGUCUUUGGGCAGGCGUUCCACCUCAUGUCCAAUAUCAAGGAUCUCACCUGGACUACGGCCCGCGCCAGAGAGGUCCAGGAAAAGUUCGGGAUUCCGUUUACUUCACUUGAGGCGGCGGUGCAGAGGGACAGGGCUCUCCUCUUGGAAUGUCUGCCAGACGCAUUCCCUUGCUGA